AUGCCGCCUCCAGGCAAGCUGACCGUUCCGCAGAGCUUCCAGCGCCCUACUGACGACAAUCGUCCCGAGCCCGGCCAGCAACUAUCCUCUUCCGUUGACCGAUUCCAACAGGGUGGCCUCGGGUCCCUGUAUCGCGGUGUGCAGCAGCCGUCAUCGUUGCGGGUGCCACGAUCAAGCUCACUCUUGAACUUGAGAAAUCCACCCACGCCAACUUUUAGCAGAUUCAACGACCAAUCGCAGUCACAGCUCAAGCCACCGUCAGACGGCUCCUCAAAUCCGCAAAGGCGGCAGCAUGCAAGAAACCUGAGCCUGCAGCACAGCCUCGAGAAACCUCUACCGCAGCCGCCGCCCGACGAAUCGGAGCCCGACGCCCCAUCAGCCGCCUCCCAAACGAAUGCACCACAAACCGAACCACUACCAUCCUUCAGCUUCCCCCCAAACCCUACAGUGCAGCACAAACUGGGCAGCAUGGACCCUAGCACCUCUGCCAAUUCAACUACCAUGUACGGCAGCCAGGACCAAAAUUUACCAGAUAUCCCAGGAAGCCUGAGCAGCAUCAAUACUGAUGUGCGAGAUGCAUUCUCUGCGAGACACAACGGUCCAGGCUCCUCUACCGCCUCACCUGCGAUUGCACAAGGCAGAGGACCACCAGUUGCUGGUCCAUCCCAAAGCUCCUCUGCCCAUCUCUCGGGGCUCAUGUGCAAUGUACACAGAACUACUGGUCGGGAGCCGCCUCCCUUGGUCGGCGCGACGACAACGAUUCUCGGCGACAAGUUAUACGUGUUUGGCGGUCGAAUUCUUUCUCGCAGCCGACCCGCACCGCUCACUUCCGACCUGUACGAACUCGAUCUUAUCCGACGCCAUUGGACGAAGCUCCAGACUGCCGGCGAAGUUCCGCCGCCUAGAUACUUUCACUCCAUGUGUGCACUAGGAGAUACAAAGAUCGUAUGCUAUGGUGGUAUGUCGCCAUCACCGAACCAGUCUAUGAGCCAAGAGCAGCAGCAGCAACCUGAAGUCAGCGUCAUGUCCGACAUUUAUAUUUAUGACGUCUCAUCGCGGAAAUGGACCUUUAUCCCGACUCCGGAUGCCCCGCAAGGACGAUAUGCCCAUUGCGCAUGUAUUUUGCCUUCGGCUGCUUCCUUCUCUUCUGCACGGGCACCACUCACCGCCCUCCAGCACAAUCCUUCGUCGGCGAACCCCAACGAGGGCCGCAUCGGUAUCAAUAUUGACGGUUCAGGUGGUGCCCAGAUGGUCGUUGUCGGUGGCCAAGACGGAGCUAAUCACUAUAUCGAACAAAUAAGCGUUUUCAACCUCCGAAGCUUGAAAUGGGUAUCUACCCAGCCUCUUGGGAAGAGCUGUGGUGCAUACCGAAGUGUUGCCGCGCCCCUUCUGCCUUCUGUAUCCGCCAAGAUUGGAAGAGCUCACCAGACCGGUCUACAACGCCAGGAUGGCAUCAGCCAAGAAGCGCGCGAGGCCGGCUCAUCUAUGCUUAUUUACUCCAAUUACAAUUUUCUGGACGUGAAACUCGAACUCCAGGUUCGGUCGCCCGAUGGUACUCUUAGCGAGAAGCCAAUGUCUGGCACGUACUCUCCGCCUGGUCUUCGAUUCCCCAACGGCGGUGUAUUGGAUACCCAUUUUGUUGUAUCUGGAACCUAUCUCACAUCUUCAAAGCAAGAGUAUGCUUUAUGGGCAUUGGACCUGAGAACUCUUACCUGGAGCCGAAUCGAUGCUGGGGGCAGUGUUUUCAGCCAAGGCAGCUGGAAUAGAGGUGUACUGUGGAACAGGAGAAAUACCUUCGUUAUCCUUGGUAACCGGAAGCGAAGCUUGGUUGACGAUUAUAACCAUAGACGCAUCAACUUUACGAAUGUGUGCAUGGUUGAGCUCGAGGCCUUUGGCUUUUACGAUAACCCUCGCAAGACAAGCCCCAUGUCUGGUUUCAUAUCGGCUAGCAGUCCCUACUCUGGACCUGGACUGAGCUUGUCAAGAAAGGCGGGUUACACUGCGGGCGGCCGCUCUCACUCACGAAUCAGCGAGGAACUGGGUGAGAGAUUCUUAGCCAUGCGAGAGCUAUCUGACAUGGAUAUUCUUUGCAUUGGUGGAGAACGAAUUCCGAUUAGCUCUCGUAUUGUCGCACGGCGCUGGGGCCCCUACUUUGUACAGUUGCUCAGAGAAGGUGCUGCUUCACAGGACGGCGGCGACGGCUUGACGCUCCGUUCAGGUCUUGCAGGAAACCCCCUCCGUGCCUCUGCCAUGACGAUAAGACCGCAAUCCCGAGCCGCAACUGCCACGCCAAUGUCGACUGCUAGUACCUUGGCUCCCACGAUUGUUGACCUUUCUAGCGCAGACGGAUCGGCGUUUGGCGGCGGCGCUGCCAGCCAAGACGACGAUGUCAAUGCGAUGACAUUGAACUCUACGCCUACACCACAGACGCUUCCACCAAAUACGCGGCCCCGCUGUCUUUACCUCCCACACACCUACUUGACGGUGCAGGCGCUUCUGCACUUCUUGUACACCAGCGCCUUGCCACCUGUGACGUCGCCUCUCUGCACACCACAGAUUCUGUGCUCUCUUUUGCAGAUUGCACGGCCGUAUCGCAUUGACGGCCUGCUCGAGGCCGUCGUUGAGCGUCUUCACUCUCUGCUCGACAGUCGCAAUGCCGCCGCUGUCUUUAAUGCCACUGCGAUGGCUGCUGGUGGCGGACGUGGUAUUGAUGGCACCUUGAAUCCCAACUUUUUCGUGGACAGCCUUGAUCCCAUUACUUCUCCCGCUGCUUCGGGAGACUUUACACUGGGUGGGUCGACUGCCAACGGCUCCUUCACAUCCGAUCUCGCCUCACGAACAGCCACGCUCAGCAUUAACUCUAGCGUACCGGCUGCCCGCCCUAACAGCGGUGAGCUGUCAGCCUCUACUAGCGUGAGCGGCUCUGAAUGGGGCUCAGAAAUAGACGGCAGUGACAGAGAUAGCAAUGCUGUUUGGAACGGCGAAUUGAGCAGCGUCAUUGGCCUUCAAAAGCGUGGCCUUCGCGGCCUUAUGGAGGGGCGAAGAUUGCGUGAGAGAACUGGUACAGGCGGAGCUUCCUCGAUGGCGAAUGCCAGUGCGAAUGGCCAGUAUCUUCAAAGUGGACAGCGAGUCGGGCUGGGCAUCGGAAGUUCCUGA